CGCGGGCGGCGGCACCGAGCGGCCGCGGCGGCAGCAGCGGCGUAGGGAGCGGGCCCCCGGCGCCGACUCCACCGACCCAAGGGGCGGCGGCCGCUGAGGGUCUGCGGGCGGGCGCGUGAUGAGGAAGCACCAGCGCCCGACCCUGCUACGCGUCGAAGCUCGCUCGGAUCCGGGCGUUGGCAGCCGGUGGGCCGUGGCCCCGGGAAUCUCCGCCGCUAGCCCUAGUCAUCCCUUCCUAGCUUUCGCUUCUCCGCUUUAGCCCGGAGCUGUCUCCGGCGGCCGCCCUCGGCCCCGCGGCCCUUCCCUGGUCGUUUCUGGAGGGGUCCUCCCUCCGCGGCGUCUGGAAGCCCAGUGACGCGUCAGCCGGCGGGACAGCUGAGCUGCUUCUCUGGGAAAUUAGCCCCUGCGUCCUCACUCCCCUCUCUGCUCCCGCCCCGGCGUCCCUCCGACUGGCGGGACGCUGCCUCCCCACGCUCGAAGCGAGUUCCCGGGACUCCCCCAGGGGGCUGGUUCGCAGCUUACCCCUUCCCCUCCGCGGCGGCGCGCGCCCCCGCCCCCGCCGGACACACUCGCGCCCCGGCCGGCGCGCCGCCCUCCCGCCCGCUCCCUCCAGUCACCCCACCCUUAGCCGUCCCCGCCACCUUACUCCACCACCCUCCCCCGCCGCUCCGCGCACUCCGCGUCCCGGCCCGGCCUCCCGCUCCUCUCUGCCAAACCGCUCACUUGCCAGCCCUUCGCCCCCGGGAAGAAGAAACAUUUCCCGGAGCGCACUCCUCAGCCCUCACUCCCCGCCGCGCUCGCCCUCCCCUCCCCCUCCGCUCUUUCUUUCUUGGGGGAGGGGGGCUGUCGCCGUGGAUUGAAGGCCGUUGAUUUGUAUGUAUUUGUCCCAGCGCCGGAGGCUGCCCCAGCCGCCCGCGCGGGUGCCGCCGCCGCCGCCAGUGGAGUUGCCUCCCUGCUUCCCUAGGGUGGUUAGGCUCCACCAAACAUGUCGGCUCCUGUCGGGCCGCGGGGCCGCCCGGCUCCCACCCCGGCGGCCUCUCAGCCGCCCCUGCAGCCCGAGAUGCCCGACCUCAGCCACCUCACGGAGGAGGAGAGGAAAAUCAUCCUGGCCGUCAUGGAUCGGCAGAAGAAAGAAGAGGAGAAGGAGCAGUCGGUGCUCAAGGUCAAAGAAGAGCCCAAACCACAACCGACGCAGUGGUUUCCCUUUAGUGGGAUCACUGAACUGGUAAAUAACGUUCUUCAGCCCCAGCAAAAACAGCAAAAUGAAAAGGAGCCCCAGACAAAACUUCAUCAGCAGUUUGAAAUGUACAAGGAGCAGGUGAAGAAGAUGGGCGAAGAAUCACAACAGCAGCAAGAACAGAAGGGUGACGCCCCAACCUGUGGUAUCUGCCACAAAACUAAAUUUGCUGAUGGAUGUGGCCAUAACUGUUCGUAUUGCCAAACAAAGUUCUGUGCUCGUUGUGGAGGUCGAGUGUCAUUACGUUCAAACAAGGAGGACAAAGUGGUUAUGUGGGUAUGUAAUUUGUGCCGAAAACAACAAGAAAUCCUCACUAAAUCAGGAGCAUGGUUUUAUAACAGUGGAUCUAACACACCACAGCAACCUGAUCAAAAGGUUCUCCGAGGACUGCGGAACGAGGAGGCGCCUCAGGAGAAGAAGGCAAAACUGCAUGAGCAAGCCCAGUUCCAAGGACCCUCAGGUGACUUAUCUGUACCUGCAGUGGAGAAAAGUCGAUCUCAUGGGCUCACAAGACAGGAUUCUAUUAAAAAUGGGUCAGGAGUGAAGCACCAAAUUGCCAGUGACAUAGCUUCAGACAGGACACGAAGUCCCUCAGUAUCCAGAGAUCAGAAUAGAAGAUACGACCAAAGAGAAGAAAGAGAAGAAUAUUCACAAUAUGCUACUUCAGAUAACGCCAUGCCUAGAUCUCCAUCAGAUUAUGCUGAUAGGAGGUCUCAGCGUGAACCUCAGUUUUACGAAGAGUCUGAUCAUAUAAAUUACAGGGACUCCAACAGGAGAAGUCAUAGGCAUUCCAAAGAAUAUAUCGUAGAUGAUGAGGAUGUGGAGAGCAGAGAUGAAUAUGAAAGGCAAAGGAGAGAGGAGGAGUACCAGGCGCGCUAUCGAAGCGAUCCGAAUUUGGCCCGGUAUCCAGUAAAGCCACAGCCCUACGAAGAACAAAUGCGUAUUCAUGCUGAAGUGUCCCGAGCGAGGCAUGAGAGAAGGCAUAGUGAUGUCUCUUUGGCAAAUGCUGAACUGGAAGAUUCUAGGAUUUCUAUGCUGAGGAUGGAAAGACCAUCAAGGCAGAGAUCUAUAUCUGAACGUAGAGCUGCCAUGGAAAAUCAGCGAUCUUACUCAAUGGAAAGAACUCGAGAGGCUCAGGGACCAAGUUCUUAUCCACAAAGGACCACAAACCAUAGUCCUCCCACUCCGCGGAGGAGUCCAAUACCCAUUGAUAGACCAGACAUGAGACGUACUGACUCACUACGGAAACAGCACCACUUAGAUCCUAGCUCUGCUGUGAGGAAAACAAAACGGGAAAAGAUGGAAACAAUGUUAAGGAACGAUUCUCUCAGUUCCGACCAGUCGGAGUCCGUGAGACCUCCACCACCAAAGCCUCAUAAAUCAAAGAAAGGAGGUAAAAUGCGCCAGGUUUCAUUGAGCAGUUCAGAGGAGGAAUUAGCUUCCACGCCUGAAUACACCAGUUGUGAUGAUGUGGAGAUUGAAAGUGAGAGUGUAAGUGAGAAAGGGGACAGUCAAAAGGGAAAAAGAAAAACUAGUGAGCAGGCAGUUUUGUCGGACUCUAACACCAGGUCUGAGAGACAAAAGAAAAUGAUGUACUUUGGUGGCCACUCUUUGGAAGAGGAUUUGGAAUGGUCUGAGCCUCAGAUUAAGGACUCUGGGGUAGAUACCUGUAGUAGCACAACCCUUAACGAGGAGCAUAGCCAUAGUGAUAAGCACCCUGUGACGUGGCAGCCAUCUAAAGAUGGAGAUCGUUUAAUUGGUCGUAUUUUGUUAAAUAAGCGUCUAAAAGAUGGAAGCGUACCUCGAGAUUCAGGAGCAAUGCUUGGCUUGAAGGUUGUAGGAGGAAAGAUGACUGAAUCAGGUCGGCUUUGUGCAUUUAUUACCAAAGUAAAAAAAGGAAGUUUAGCUGAUACUGUAGGACAUCUUAGACCAGGUGAUGAAGUAUUAGAAUGGAAUGGAAGGUUCUUGCAAGGAGCCACAUUUGAAGAAGUAUAUAACAUCAUUCUGGAGUCCAAACCUGAACCACAAGUGGAGCUUGUUGUUUCAAGACCUAUUGGAGAUAUCCCUAGAAUACCUGAUACCACACAUGCGCAACUGGAGUCUAGUUCCAGCUCAUUCGAAUCUCAAAAAAUGGAUCGCCCUUCUAUUUCCGUUACCUCUCCCAUGAGUCCCGGCAUGUUGAGGGAUGUUCCACAGUACUUGUCUGGACAACUUUCAAGCCAAAGCCUUAGUAGAAGAACAACGCCUUUUGUUCCUAGGGUUCAGAUAAAACUAUGGUUUGACAAGGUUGGUCACCAAUUAAUAGUUACAAUUUUGGGAGCAAAGGAUCUCCCUUCCAGGGAAGAUGGGAGGCCAAGGAAUCCUUAUGUUAAAAUUUACUUUCUUCCAGACAGAAGUGAUAAAAACAAGAGAAGAACUAAAACAGUAAAGAAAACAUUGGAACCCAAAUGGAACCAAACAUUCAUUUAUUCCCCAGUCCAUCGAAGAGAAUUUAGGGAACGGAUGCUAGAGAUCACGCUCUGGGAUCAAGCUCGAGUUCGAGAGGAAGAAAGUGAAUUCUUAGGAGAGAUUUUAAUUGAAUUAGAAACAGCAUUAUUAGAUGAUGAGCCACAUUGGUACAAACUCCAGACCCAUGAUGUUUCUUCAUUACCACUUCCCCACCCUUCUCCGUAUAUGCCACGACGACAACUCCAUGGAGAGAGCCCAACAAGGAGAUUGCAAAGGUCAAAAAGAAUAAGUGAUAGUGAAGUGUCUGACUAUGACUGUGAUGAUGGAAUUGGUAUAGUAUCAGAUUAUCGACACAAUGGUCGAGAUCUUCAAAGCUCAACAUUAUCAGUGCCAGAACAAGUAAUGUCAUCAAACCAUUGCUCACCAACAGGAUCUCCUCACCGAGUGGAUGUUAUAGGAAGGACUAGGUCAUGGUCACCUAGUGUCCCUCCUCCACAAAGUCGGAAUGUGGAACAGGGACUUCGAGGAACACGGUCUACUGCUGGACAUUAUAAUACAAUUAGCCGAAUGGAUAGACAUCGUGUGAUGGAUGACCAUUAUUCUCCAGAUAGAGACAGUCAGUUUCUUACUCUACCUCGCUCCAGAUACAGUCAGACCAUUGAACACCAUCACAGGGAUGGCAGGGAUUGUGAAGCAGCAGAUAGACAGCCAUAUCACAGAUCCAGACCAACAGAACAACGGCCUCUCCUAGAGCGGACCACCGCCCGCUCCAGAUCCACUGAGCGUCCUGAUACAAACCUCAUGAGGUCGAUGCCUUCAUUAAUGACUGGAAGAUCUGCCCCUCCUUCACCUGCCUUAUCGAGGUCUCAUCCUCGUACUGGGUCUGUCCAAACAAGCCCGUCCAGUACUCCAGUAGCAGGACGAAGGGGCCGACAACUUCCUCAACUUCCACCAAAGGGGACACUGGAGAGAAACAAUGGAGUCAAGGAGAUAGAACCUUAUGAAGAAGAAGUGGACUCCACAAGGAGAAGACAUACAGGUGCUAUGGAUAUAGACGAGAGAAAUCGCCAAAUGAAAAUUAACAAAUACAAACAGGUAGCCGGAUCAGACCCCAGACUGGAGCAAGAUUACCAUUCAAAGUACCGAUCAGGAUGGGAUCCUCAUAGAGGGGCAGAUAAUAUUUCCACUAAAUCUUCGGACAGUGAUGUAAGUGAUAUAUCCGCGGUUUCCAGGACUAGUAGUGCUUCUCGUUUCAGUAGCACAAGCUACAUGUCCGUCCAAUCAGAACGGCCAAGAGGAAACAAGAAAAUCAGGCCAAAGGGAGUAGAAGAGGGAGGGCAAGAAGGGGAUAAACACGAAGAGAUAGUUCAUGAGGAGGAAGAGGUAAAGCAAGAAAGACUUAAUGAGAAUGAGAAAGGGACAGAGAUCACAAACACAAGUAAUAAGGAGAAAAACAGAGAAUCAGGAGACGAGGAAAAAGCACAAGAUAUACCUGAGCAAGGGAAAGAAAAAGAACAGUGGAAUAAAGAGGAUUUGCAAAGACGAUUUUCACAAGAUGAUGACAGUGUCUUUACAUCCAAAAUGCAAAGCAGACAAGUGGGCAUCUCAGGGAAGAACAUGACCAAAAGCACCAGCAUCAGCGGAGACAUGUGCUCGCUGGGGAAGAACGACGGCAGCCAGUCUGACACCGCAGUGGGUGCCCUGGGCACCGGCGGCAAAAAGCGGCGCUCUAGCAUUGGGGCCAAAAUGGUAGCUAUUGUUGGCCUCUCCAGGAAGAGUCGCAGUGCUUCUCAGCUCAGCCAAACGGAAGCCGGCGGUAAAAAGCUCCGGAGCACCGUCCAGCGAAGUACAGAGACGGGCCUGGCUGUGGAAAUGAGGAACUGGAUGACUCGGCAGGCGAGCCGAGAAUCUACGGACGGCAGCAUGAACAGCUAUAGCUCAGAAGGAAAUCUGAUCUUCCCUGGCGUCCGCCUGGCCUCCGAUAGCCAAUUCAGUGAUUUUCUGGAUGGCCUUGGCCCUGCCCAGCUAGUGGGGCGUCAGACUCUGGCUACACCUGCAAUGGGUGACAUUCAGGUAGGAAUGAUGGACAAAAAGGGACAAUUGGAGGUGGAAAUCAUUCGGGCUCGUGGCCUUGUUGUAAAACCAGGUUCCAAGACACUGCCAGCACCAUAUGUAAAGGUGUAUCUGUUAGAUAAUGGAGUCUGCAUAGCCAAAAAGAAAACAAAGGUGGCAAGAAAAACGCUGGAACCCCUUUACCAGCAGCUAUUAUCUUUUGAAGAAAGUCCCCAAGGGAAGGUUUUACAGAUCAUUGUCUGGGGAGAUUAUGGCCGCAUGGAUCACAAAUCCUUUAUGGGAGUGGCCCAGAUACUUUUAGAUGAACUGGAGCUAUCCAAUAUGGUGAUUGGAUGGUUCAAACUUUUCCCUCCUUCCUCCCUAGUAGAUCCAACCUUGGCCCCUCUGACAAGAAGAGCUUCCCAAUCAUCUCUGGAAAGUUCAACCGGACCUUCUUACUCUCGUUCAUAGCAGCUGUAAAACUGUUGUCAUAGCAACCAGCGUUACAAAAAAAUUAAAAAAAAUCACAGGUCGCAAACCCUGGUAACACUGCAUGCUUAAUGUUGUGUCUUCUGAGCCUGUUUCUAGGGAUACAAAGCGAUCCUGUGUUCUCAGAGGAAGUUGCACACAUUGUGCCCUAAAGAUGGCCCUCAGGUGAAAGAGCAGUUAUGAAGAACUAUCAGGUUUGGAGUUCAAUAACACUCGAGUUUUGGUCCAAUCUGAAGCCAUGGAUUAAUCUCAAAGAAUCAGUCAGUUUCAUGCAACAAAAGCCCUUUUCAAUGGCACCUUUAUAUUUUUAUCGUUCCUUUUUCUUCAUUUCUCUGACCCCAAAGCCCUGUUACGCCACAGAAAUGGAGCUAUACAGUCAUUAAGCCAUGUUACAGGUCAAGGAGUGAAGUCCUAGGAAGCAUCAGGUGAAAAGCAAGAGACCAAAGAAGUGGUCCGGGACAGACGUCAGCCCUCCUCUGGAGUGUGACCAGCAGCGGCCAGUCCUGCGUGAACAGUGGCAGACUCAGAGCUCCAGCGGGCACGCCAUUCACUAAUGCCACGAUGUGUUGGACUCUGAAAAACAAAAUUCUGUGGCUACACUGUACUGAAUGAAAUUAAACUUUUUUUGCAUGGACACAGAUUAGCUGAAUACUUAAAUUAUUUUCUUGGGGCUGCAACUUGCAAAAAAAAAAAAAAAGAAUAAAAAUCAGCCAUUUUCAACAAUUUAUAUUAUUUUUAAAAGUAAAUUUCACUAUUGCAUGGUUUUAAAAAGGGGAGAGAACGCAACAGGGUGGUACAAAGAGACACCAUGUUUAUUCUUUAAACUGAUCAUAGUCUGUGUUUUGGCAGACAUUACAAAUGAGAAUACUUUCUAGAAGAUACUUAAAAUUCUCUUUAUGUGACAAAUAAGCAUAAUAUAUUCAAUUUAUUUCCAUGUUAAAUAUACAAAUCUUAUGAAGUUCAAUAUGUGCAAAUUGUUCGCAUCUUUCUUCCUCUUCUCUGUCUUACUUUUCCUCUUCGCUCUUUUAAUCUUUUGUUUUCUUUCUCCCUACCAGAGUGAUUAUGCUAAAAGAUUACAAGUUUUUGACCUGAUACUCCUUACACCCCAUGUUUGAUUCAGAGCUAUAGAUGCUUCUGAAUUUAUGAAUUUCUCAAGGGGGGGAAAAAAAAACUAAGAGCUUUCUUUAUUUCAAGCAUGUUGAAAAGGAUUUUGCAACAUGACUUGGGAGUACAUUAAAGUAAGUCAGCAUGUAUUUGAUAAAGAAGAUAUUUGAACUUUUGCAAUUCAUUGUACAGUGCAUGGUACUUUUAUUUUCACCUUCAAAGUUCAGUUUACAGGAAAACCCUACAAUCAUGUGGCCAUUGUAAUGUCUAAUAAAUUUGUUUUUAGCACCAGCAUUAUUCAUACAGGGGUUAAAGUAUUAUUUCUAGAAGGUCUUAGGUUUUGUUUUUUAAUUAAUUAAAGCAAUUUCUUUAGCCAAUUUCCAUUUACUAUGUGAAUAGAAACACUGCUAAAAAUUUGGAGCCUGAAACACGGGGCUGUUUAUUAAUUCAUUUUUCUGUAGUAAAAUACAAUUUUUCACAAAUUAUAUUUCUAAAGAAAUAUAGUAAACAUAAAUAUGCAACAAAUAAUUUUAAAGCUCCAAUUUUUAGGUGACUCAAAGAAAGUCAUUCUGCCUGUUAAUAGUUCUUUCAUGCCAUCACCAAAAGUCUACACCACAAAUCCCCUAGGUCAAACCCCUGCCUUUGGUUUUACAGACAGUUAUUACCAUUGGGUGGUGCUGCAAGGUUGAAUUUCUCUUAAGUUUCCCUAUUGAGAGGAGAAGUCACUGGUUAAUGUAACAAACCACCCACACUUUCUGUUUCUUUAUGUACACUUUGAUAAUGCAUUCUUACAGGUCGAUUUCAAUUUCUUACAGUAACUUUUGAAAUCCACAUACAUACCAGUUAAGGCCAUGCACAAAAAUUGCUUUCUUCUUCUUCUUCUUUUUUUUUUUUUUUUUUUCCCUUUCUAAAUUCCAUGCUGACCAUUAAAAACUAUCAUGCUUGAUAUGGUGCAAAAGUUAAAAUGAGUAUCACUAAAAAUGCCUUCUCUUUAUGUGGUGCAAUAUGAAAUACACCGAGACUGUGUCUUGACAUUCUGAGAUCUACGAUGGACCCAGGUAAAGUUGUUAAAAGAACGAAUAAAACUUUAUGGAAAUAAUUUAGACACUUGUGUACCAGCAGCAAUUGAUUUAAUAGACCUAUAGUGUCUAUACUCUCCCGUAGAAUAAACGUUUACCAUUUUCCUGAUACUAAGAUGCAGUCACAUAAUCUUUUGUGCAUAUUCCUAUAUAAAUUAUUUCUAAUUUUAAUAAGAAGGACAUGACUGUAUGGGAUAUUUGUACAUACUUGUCAUUAUGCAGUAUUUAUUUAAAAGUUGGUGUAUUUUUUUUUUUUUUUAAUUUUCACAUGUCUGCACCUCGACUUGUGGUUUAGUCAUGUAAAUAGCACUAUUCCAGUGACCAUUGCUGCCCUGUACAUAGUAUGUUUUCAAAGUAAAGGGAAUUCCAGUUGGGAAAAAAAAAAAAAAAAGGGCAGAUUAGUCCUGUAAUGAACACCAACUAAUGUAAAUCAAAUUCAUUCUGGUGAUGGUAUUUAACACUUUAAAUAAAACAUUUUCUUUACA